UGGUGGCCGGUGGGUGCGGGGUGUCCCGGGAUGCGGGUAUAAGAGGUGGACCCUCCUCCUCAGCUGUCACAGUGUGGGCUCUCUCUUUGGAGAUAUGGCUCUGUUUAUGGACUCAGACUUCUCUGUUCUCAAGCAAAACCAACAGAAGGAUCUGGUGGACCUCAAAGCCUUAUUCGGAGAACAGAGCCAGUGCAAAGUGGAAGACGUCCGUAGCGAUUGUGCGGUCUCUUCUCCGGAGUCCGACAAAGCUCCGGGUCUGAUGGAGGGCCAGAGGAAACGGAAGAGGACCAUCUUCAGCCGGGCCCAGCUGUCAGAGCUAGAGCAGGCCUUCGCCGUCACCCCGUACCCGGACAUCACCCUGAGGGAAAGGCUGGCCGCGCACACCCACCUGCCCGAGAGCAAGAUCCAGGUUUGGUUCCAAAACAGAAGAGCCCGAAGUAUCAAGACUGGUAGAGUCUAUAAGUCCACCAAGCCUGUCCUAGGUUCUAGGAGGGGGCUUGUGGAGCCCUCCCCUGGGCCCUCCUCCUUCCCUGCCCCAGCCAGUCUGGCAGACAUCCUGAGGCCGGACCAGAACCACGCCUGUGAGGAUGUUUCACAUCUCUACUCUGACUGGAUACAGAUCUACAGCAGCAACCCUGUAUCAUCUCCUCCGUCGUCCUCCCUCCACCAGCAGCGCCCCCUCAGUUCCCCCAAACAUCCAGAGUCGUGCCGCUUCUGGGAGGAAGAGCACCGUCAGUGGCAGCACCUGGGACCCCAUCUGCCUUCUUUCCUCCCCAGUUCAUUGACCCAGAGGCAGCCUCACCACGCUGCUCCAUCCCGCUCCCACCAGACCUUCAGAAAUUUUAAGCCCCAGAGCCUGGCUCCACCUGGGCCUCAUCAGGCCAUGUACUCAGGGAAUGCUGCAGGUGGUGGUCACCCCUCUGUGGACCAGGUGGUUCCUACCCACCCCCAGCCCAUGUUCUGGGAGGUAACUCAGGGCCAAGGACACCACCACCAUCCACAAAUGGGACCACAGACCUCGAUGGGCUACAUCUCAGACCUGAUCUACAACGCUGCUAUUGUCACCAACUUUCUGGAGUUCUGAAGUGAAGAGUGGACCAAAAAGA